CGUCACUUCCUUUCUGUCCACAAGGAGCGUGGUAAAGAUGGCGGAGUCAAACGCUGUCCCGAGUGAUCUUUAUAAAUGCAUUUAUUCGUUCUUGCUGGAGAACAAGUUCACCAAGGCGGCUCAGGAGUUCAUAAAAAAGACUAAAGUUAAUCCACAAGAUCAAAACGAAGAAAGCCUCGUCAACAUCUACGACUUCUGGGUGAAGUCGCCUGAGUCCAAGAAGAGGAAAGCGGCUCCUAAUGAGCGGGCGGCUGUUAACGGGCCAACGGCCAAGAAGGCCAGACCCAGCGCAGAAAGCUCCAGCAGCGAGGACUCCAGCGACUCUGAGGAGGAGAAGACUCCUGCAAAGGCUCCUCUGAAGGCUGCGCCGGCCGCUGGCAGCACCAGGAAGAAGGACAGCAGCUCCAGCAGCGAGGAGUCGGACUCUGAAGAGGAGAAACCCGCCAAAGCUCCCGCAGCGAAAGCCGUCACAGCAGCCAAAGCAGCUGUUUCUGCUAAAGGCGCCGUGAAGAAGAAGCAGGAGAGCAGCAGUGAGGACAGCUCCUCUGAUUCUGAAGAGGAAGCUCCAGCCAAGGCGCCUGCUAAACCUGCUGCAGUGAAGAAAGCUGCAGCUCCGGCUCAGUCCAGCAGCGAAGAAUCUUCAUCUGAAGACGAAGCACCGCCCAGCAAAAAAACCAAACCAGGGCCGUACAGCGCCGUCCCUCCUCCAGCUUCGACCCAGAAGGCUCCUGCUGCUGCCGCCGCUAGCAAAGCCAAGACCAGCAAAGCCAAGGCCAGCGAGUCCUCGGACAGCAGCGACGAGGAGGAGAAGAAGAAGAAGGUGGCUGCUAAACCUGCUCCUGUAAAGAAGACCAGCUCCAAACCUGCAGCCACCAAACCUGCAGCCAAAAAGCCAGAGUCCAGCUCAGAGAGCUCCGAUUCAAGCUCGGAUGAAGAAGAAGCAGCAAAGAAACCGGCGGUAAAAGCCCCUCCAAAAAAAGCCGCCCCUGUCAAAGCGGCUCCAACAGAGGACUCUGAGGAGGACUCGAGUUCAGAAGAGGAGGAGCAGGUGAAGAAAGCUGCUGCCAAAUCUCCUGUUGCAGCCAAAUCUCCUGCUGUCAAACCCGCCGCUGCUAAAGCGGAGUCUUCCUCAGAGGAGUCCAGCUCCGAGGAGGAACAGGAGACGGUUAAAAAGCCCGCGGCCAAAGUUGCCCCCGCUAAACCUGCUGCAGCAAAGAAAGACGAGAGCUCGAGCUCAGAAAGCAGCUCUGAAGACGAGGCUCCAGCAAAGCCGCCCACCAAAGCCGCGACCCCAAAAGCCGCGACCCCAAAAGCUGCGACCCCAAAAGCCCCCACUGCUGCCUCCAAACCCCCCGCCAAGGCAGCAGAGACGAGCUCGGACUCCGAGGACUCCUCCGAGGAUGAGGACCAAUCCCCAAAAGCUAAGCCAGCUGCUAAAACAACCCCUGCUGCAAAGCCGGCUGCUAAAGCUGCUGCUAAAGCUGCUGCUAAGCCUGCUGCAGCAGCAGAGAGCAGCUCAGACUCUGACUCCUCCUCUGAAGACGAAGAGCCGGCGAAGACCAAACCAGCAACCCCAAAAGUAGCUACUCCAGCUUCAAAAACCUCAACGCCGGCAGCUAAGCCUGCUGCUGCAGCAGAGAGCAGCUCAGACUCUGACUCGUCGUCAGAGGAUGAGGAAGAGCCAGCCAAGGCAAAGCCCACACCAGGAAAAGCUGCAUCAAAGCCUGCGACACCUGCAGCUAAAGCGUCCACCCCGGCCUCUAAACCUGCUGCAGCUAAACCAUCCACCCCGGCCUCAAAGCCCCUUAAAACUGCAGGAAAAGCUGCAGCGGCAGCAGAGAGCAGCUCAGACUCUGACUCGUCGUCAGAGGAGGAGGAAGAGCCAGCCAAGGCAAAGCCCACACCAGGAAAGGCUGCCUCUAAACCUGCUACACCUGCAGCUAAAGCAUCCACCCCGGCCUCAAAGUCUGCAGCCAAAACAGCAGCUGGAGCGUCGAAGCCUGUAGGAAAACCGGCAGCAGCAUCUGACAGCAGCUCUGACUCCUCCUCUGAAGAUGAAGAGCCAGCCAAGCCCAAAGCUGCAGCGGCUAAAGCGGCUACCCCAGCCUCAAAGGCCUCAGCUAAAGGGGCUGGAGGCUCAAAGCCUGCCACACCGGCGGCUAAAGCAGCUAAAGCAAACAGCAGCUCUGACUCUGACAGCUCAGAGUCGUCAGAGGACGAAGCAGCAAAGCCUGCAGUCAAGAAACCAGGCCCAGCCGCUGCCAGUGCCACCAAACCUGCCGGUGCCACCAAAGCUGCUGCUGCUGCCACCAAAGCUGCUGCUGCUGCAGGGAAAAAGGCAGAGGAGAGCAGCUCUGACUCUUCAGACAGCUCUGAGGACGAGGCCCCCGUUGCUAAACCUGCAGCCGCCAACGGCAAAGCAGCCACUCCUAAGAAGGCCGUCGCUGCGGCGAAGGUUGCAGCCAAGACUGCCGAGUCUUCGUCCAGUGACAGCAGCUCUGAGGAGGAGGAGGAGGCCAGCAAACCCAGUAAAGCUAAAGCUGCUGCAGCAGCAAAGACCAAGACCCCCCCUGCAGCUAAGAGCAAAGAGAGCAGCAGCUCCUCAGACAGCUCAUCAGAGGAGGAGGCGCCGCGUAAGGCAGCCACCGCCCCCACCACCCCCACCGCUAACAGUACAAACGGAAAGAGGAAACGUGAUGAAGAGUCAUCGGAGAGCGAAGAGGAGGAGGAGGAGAAGACGCCGAAAAACAAGAAAGUCACCACCACACCUCAGACCUUCCCCAAAGUCAGUAAGAAGUCCUCCAACGUACCUUUCCGUAGAAUCGUGGAGGAGCGCGUAGAAGUCGAUCCCCGAUUGGCUGAUAACUCCUUCGAAGCUAAGCGCGGCGCCAACGGAGACUGGGGACAUAAAGCCAACGAGGCGCUCAAGUUCACCAAAGGAAAGUCGUUCCGCCACGAAAAGACGAAGAAGAAGAGGGGGAGCUACCGCGGCGGAGCCAUUUCCACCACAAUCAACUCUAUCAAGUUUGACAGCGACUGAUGGCCGCUGACCUGAAUAUCUCAGCGGCGUGAUCAUGACUCUGUCGUUCGGUCCCUCCUGGAAACGGUCCAUCGCCACAGUCUGAAGCCAGGAGCCCAGCUGGCACUUAGAGUUCCUCACCUUUUAGUCUUUGUUUGUAAUCAUUUAAACCUUGGCAGUGAUGCAGAUGUUCCCAGCUGUGACACCAAGGUACUGGUUGACUUGUGUGAUGUAUGACUUAUGGCCACUAGGUGGCUGCAGGCCACCAGGUGACAGGACCUGUCCCACUGUCUCAUGAUUAAUGUCCUGUAAUUUUCAUUAAGCACGUUUAAUUGUCAAUUAGCCGCCAGUGAAUAACAGCCAUGCGACCUAACGGGCUCAUUAUGUGUGAAAAGGCUAUGUUGAUUUUUUUUGGGGGGGGGGGGGGGGGGUUAAUGGAUCUAUUGAUGAAGUUUGUUACAUUUUAUUCGGAUAAAUCUAAACUUUGAAGAUGGGAGUGUUUGGGCUUUUUCUUCCAUUAAUCACAACAAACAUUAAAGUUUUCUACUGUAUUUAUAGUGAAUUUUUAUUCCAUAUGGAUUAUUAGGACCAUGGACGCCCGCUCUAUGCUCCCGUAAAGGAAAUUUGCUUUGAUCCAGUUUCUUUUGACGUGCGGAUGCCCGCGUCGACCCUCUGUUCUGUUCAUAAGUGGUUAAUGAAUUUAGUUUCAUAAAGAACCAGAGAGCCAUGUUUGUUGCAGUUUCAACGUUCUGUAUAAACUUCUCUGUACCAGUGUCAUUUUUUUUUUUAUUAUAACUUUAAAUAAAAACGUUAAACCAGAAA